GUACUGUCAGGUACUGCCAGUAAAGAUUGAGAGUAGAGUGAUCUCAGCGAUCAACGCGUUGUGUUUUUCGUGUAGUUUCAUUUUGACGUAGAGGUAGCAGUUUAUCGCGCGUGUUUCAAGACUUUAGAAAAUAGAUAGCGAUGCAAUGUACCAAGUUUUCAUCAGCGGAUACCGUUUGGCUGAAGCCUCGCACGGAAAGCCCUAUUAUGUUUAUUGUAUCGAAAUAUUGGAGACGAAAAGUGGUGCCCGAUAUUUUGUCGAGAGACGAUACAGUGAAUUCAGCGCGCUACAUCGCACGCUGAAAAAAGAGAACGCGGAGGUCGCUCCGUUUCCGCCGAAGAGAGUAAGAAAUUGCCAACCAAAGGUACUCGAGCAAAGGCGAGCUGCUUUGGAGCUGUACACCCAAAAAAUGUUGCGUCUUUCAGCGACGAAGCAACAGGUUCUCAAUUUUCUGGGUAUAGAGAGUCGGACUGCCAACGCGUCAUACAAGAGCACGCACAAGGAUGCGAACGAUACUCGGUAUGAUCAUCCGAAUUCACUCGGCCAUCAUCCAGUAUUAAGUUUUCAUUGUGAUCCAUACGCACAGUCAAACUCAUCGUCUAGUCUUCCAGAUAUUGUAAUUAACGGGGUUCUGCUGGGUAUGUAUAAGUUGUGAGUUGCAAGCUGGUUGCGACAGUGUCACGACUGCCAUGAAAAAAUAACGAGCGAAGAAGAUAAACGAGAAAGAUUGGAUCAUAAGUGUGAUGUAUUUUCCUAGGCAGUUAAUAAAAUUUCUUUUAUCUUUUACCCUUUAUCUCAGCGAAGGUAAACACGGUGGUUGACAAUCGACGAACGUAUAUAGAAAUACUAAGUGCUUUCUUUUUGAAUGUACUGUGUAUCUGUGUCGAUACCGUAACACUUUUACAGUCAAACCUGUUUUUGUGCAGUCUUUUUUUUAUGCGAUCUUUUUGAGAUUUGUUUCGUGCGAUUUUUUUAUGCGGUAUGUGAAUACAUUCAAACCCGUUUUUGUGCGGUAGAUAGGGACUGUAGAAAAACAGCGCACAAAAAAAUCACAUAAAAAAGUUCGCACAAAAACAGGUUUGACUGUAUAGGUAUCGUUGGGAUACUGAUUGGUGAAUAUCUUUCGGCAUAGGAAAUUCUUGGAAGAUCUUCCUAAUUUUAAGAUAAUUCCAUAAUCUCUACAGACCUGUGAAUACUGCUGGAUUAUAUGUAUAUAUAUACAUAUAUAAAAAUGAUACGUAUAGUAGUUGUAUUAUUGGGUCUCGUUGAAUGUACCCAAUAUGGAACUGAUGGUAACCAUUUGUCGAGAUUUCGUCGAGUUCGUCUUCCAGGAAUUGACCAAUUAAAAUGGAAUAUGUAUUUUAGUUGGAUAACAAUGGACAAUUAUGUAUAAGAUUUCGAAAGUAGGACAAUUGAUGAAAUAACUUUAAAGUAUUUAACUGUGAUCUUAGAUUCAUUUUUGGUAGAAAGUUCUUAUUAGCAAUCAGUCAAAAACUCUCUCUGAACAGAAUAUAAAUAAUAUUAUCGAGAUGUAUAAUUUUUUCAUAUAUUAGAAGAGUAAAUAUAAUAUAUACCUACCUGUGAUAUACAAAGUGUUUGUAAAUGAUUAACGCACUUUUAACGAUUAAAUAGAAGAUUUGAAAUUCUGAGAAAUUUCAAAGUCCGUUUAUCGGCAUGUGUUUUAAAAGAGAAAUUUAAGAAAUGACGUCUUCUGUAGAAAAGAGUUUGUGUGUAGUCGAGGAUGCUAGAAAUAAAUUCAUGUAUUAGUAUCUAGAAAGUCAUUGGAAGAUUAUUCAAAAUUAUAAAACGAUCACUGAUUAAUUAAAAUUGAGUAUUAACGUAGUUAUGGAAAUGUACAGUUGGCAAGAAUAUGUUAGAAAAAUUACGAAAUAAGUUAAAUCACUGACUGGACAUUUGUUGAGUCACUAAUGAAGGUGACCUUGAAAACGUCUUUAGGAUAUGCAAAAUAACCUAGUCACCUAAAUGAUACUAUAUAUAGAGUCCACACAUAAAUCAAGUCGAUCCAUUAUUUAUAAACGUUUUGUAUAUCCAGGUCAAAGCAACUUGAAAGAUUUUAAUAUAAGUUUAAGAAUACGAAGCAAACAAAAUUACACAUUUUUAAUAGUUCAUAAGAAUCAGAAGAUUACAUUUGUUAAGAUUUUAAGAUAUUUUUAUCUUAAUAGCCGUACGAAUACAUUAAUUCAUCGGACAUUUUUACACAAAAUUUAUGUUUCCAAGUAAUAAUUUAGAUUCAAAACUGAAUUGCGUUGUUUUGCUCAGUGCGGUAGUUUUAGUGUCAAAGAUAACUAUGUAUUUAAUGAGGAUUUCAUGACAGCUGUUGACAACAAAUAACAAUAAUUAAUAUUAAGGCAUUUCACAUUUUGCUAAAUAUUUUCGAGAACCUCCUGUUUCAAAUUUCUUUAUUGUAUUUAAUAUAAAAUCUGUACUAUAUGAUUGCGCCCGAGAAACGUAAUGAUUUAUGAUGAUUCAUGCAAAUCAAAUAUCGAUUCUUCAAAUGCAUCUGCGAAGUGUUCAUUUAAGCAAUAAUCACUUUGCACAAAUUUUUCUACAAUAAAGAAAAGCGAUGUGAUGGACCAAACAACAAAGCCGGCUAUCCGGAUGUUUCACUAUUUUCGGAACGGUAUUUUCAAUGCGCCGGGUCACUAACCGUAUGUAACCGAAUGGAAAUGGAAAAGCUGUACAUAUGUAUGCGAUCGUGUAAUCAUGACAAGCCAGAAAAUAUACCGUUAUUGUAUUUGAA